AUGGCUACUUCAGGUCUUCUGGCUCCUCAGUCUCUUCGCCUGCAAGAUUUAAGCAGUGCAGAGCAACUCAGCGCUACUCCACAGACAGCCUUCAUUUUGCCACUGAAGAUCACCAACAGGGUCUUCAGCAAUGCAUUGCUCGAUCAAACAUCUCCAGAAUAUAAGACCAUGUUUCAAGAAGUCAGUGACCUGUUACAAGGCGUCUACGGCUGCUCUGAGACAUGUCCAACAAGUAGUUUCUAUGGAGGUCCUGUAGAAAUGACUUUCAGCUCGGGAUCUGUGAUCGCAGAUGCAGUUAUAGUCUUCGAUACCACAUCUAUCAAUCCAGUCAUCGUCUAUUUUUUAUUUGUUAACAAUGUCAACAGUGUUGAACCCAAAACUCUUCAACUUGAUCUGGACUUCUCAAGCCUUGACAGCGUAAAGGAAGUUACACUGUCUACAAUUACAACCACGACUACUACCACCACCACAACACCACCUACUACAACUACAAUAACUACGACAACACCUACAACUACAACCACAACUACUACAACAACCACAACACCUACAACGACUACAACCACAACGCCAACAACUACUACAACAACCACAACACCUACAACUACAACCACGCCACCAACUACUACAACUACCACAACACCUACAACUACUACAACCACAACACCACCAACUACUACAACCACCACAACACCUACAACUACAACCACAAUGCCAACAACUACUACAACUACCACAAUACCAACAACUACUGCAACACCUACAGCUGCAACAACCACAACACCUACGACAACUACAACAACCACAAUACCUACAACUAUAAAACCCACAACACCUACAAUUACUACAACCACAACAGCUACAACUACUACAACCACAGCACCAACAAUUACUGCAACACCUAUAACUACCAUACCCACAACACAUACAGUUCCUACAACCAUAACACCUACAACUACCAUACUCACAACACCUACAAUUAGUACAACUACCACUACACCUGUAACUACCACUGAACUAACAACUCUAGCACACACAUCUGCUACUACUACUAGCCGAGAUCCUCCAGCUACAUCUUCAAGCAAAAUAAACACCUCUUCUGAUAAAACUGUACCGAUUUCAACCACCACGACAAAUCAUGGAGACCAUAGUGACCUUUACACAACAGGUGGAAGUGGAAAUCCCACACAAGGCCCAGCAAUGAAAAACACAACUGUGAAUCCGCAUGACAAUCGCACAGAUUCUCACAGUGUUUCAACUGGAAAGCCCAAAGAUCCCCCGACAUCAGGUGGAAGCAGCAGCAAUGGGAGCAAUGAUUUGGUGCCUGGAUGGGGUAUUGCCCUCUUAGUAUUAGCUGCUGUUAUCUUGCUGAUUCUCAUAAUCAUCUUUAUCAUGAUGUUGGUUAAAUGGUGUUGUAAGAAAACGGAAAGCGGUCAAAUGGACACUGCUGAGGAUCCAUAUCACACUGUAAAGAAACAACCACCCCAGGACCCUGUGCCUGUGUACUCACCUCCACCCCCAGUGAUGCAGAGACCGGACUCAACCCCUAUUAUUAUUGGGGAUGUACCCAAGAAGAACAGGACUGGGUUCUAUUCAGUAAAUCCCUGAGAUCCUCUGAAUGAAUGGGAGCCAUCAAGCAACAGGCAGACUGCAGUGAGCAGAGGCAGAGCGAAGAAACAUGAACUGCAUCAACAGCAUGGAUUUACAGUUAUCCAGAUAUGUUAUUUAUUGCACAGUUGUUUUAAGUUUUGACAUAGUUCUAUUUUUUGCCGACAUGUAACAGAUUAAUUAUUGAACAUUGUAUAUACUAAUAUAUAGUUAAUGGAGACGUUAUUUUUGGCAAUUAUUCACUAGAAGCCAGUGAUGAAUAGUUGAUGUGUUUUUCUUUAAUAAUGUUUCCCUGCAUGAUUUUAAAAAUGGUAAUUCACAGAAUAAAUUCAUGGGAACUAUAUACAUAGGAAUUAUGCCUGAAAUGUUACCAUAAUUGUUACGUAUUUGAAAUGUUUAUUUUAUGUUAAAUAUUUUAAGAAGUCUUAAUUAAAUCUGUCUCAAAUAUGAUUAAAGAAACUUCAA